GCUGAGUGGCUGACGCACGGGCCUGGCGUAUUUAUUGGCUUCCCCGCCGCGUCGUGCACCUGCACCAGCACCAGCACGGCGACCAACCCUCUCCCAACCCGACUAGUCGGACUCGCAGCUCCGCCCCAAGUCCAGGUCCAAGCAUGGAAGUCGCGGCGGCGUCGGCGAGGCCCGUCCUGCGCGUGGCUGCCAUCUGCGGCUCCCUCCGCAAGGCCUCCUUCAACCGCGGCCUCCUCCGCGCCGCCGCGGAGGUGUGCGAGGACUCCAUCCCGGGGCUCCGCAUCGACGAGCUCGACAUCUCCGACCUGCCCAUCAUCAACACCGACCUUGAGACCGGCAGCGGCAGCGGCACCGUCUUCCCGCCCGCCGUCGAGGCCUUCCGCGCCAAGGUCUGCCAGGCCGACUGCUUCCUCUUCGGCGCGCCCGAGUACAACUACUCCAUCGCCACCCCCCUGAAGAACGCGCUUGACUGGGCCUCUAGAGGAAAGAACUGUUGGGCAGACAAACCUGCUGCGAUCGUGAGUGCAGGCGGCGGCUUUGGAGGAGGGAGGUCGCAGUACCAUCUCCGUCAGGUCGGGGUUUUCCUGGAUCUCCAUUUCAUCAACAAGCCAGAACUGUGCGUCCAAGCCUUCCAGCAGCCACCCAAGUUUGACAGCGAUGGAAAUCUGGUCGAUGCUGAAAUCAGAGAGCGGCUCAAGAAAGUGCUCCUAUCCCUUCAGGCCUUCACGCUCAGGCUUCAGAAGGAGGACUGAAUCAACUCGGUACCAUUGUAGUACGUGCUUCCCUGAGAAGCGUUUAUUGCUCUUGGAAGUUUGUAACGCGUUGCUGGGUGGCCUGGAAGUUUGUAAUAAAUCCAAGAAGUGUUCUCGCUGAAUAUUUAAGAUUUGAUCGCAUCUAUAUAUAAUAAAGAUUGUGUUCUAGCGUUUUUGCGUUUCCCAGUAAAUGAGAAUCGAUUCCAGUAGUUGUCUCGUCUUAGCAAUUUUUUUUUGAAU